GGCUGCCUGCAACACUGUGUUCAUAGCUCAAAAACAUGACAGACACUGCUAACAGACACACAUGAAUAAUGAAUGGCCAUCCAGGCUGUGUGAGGACUUGUAGGCAGCCGGGAAUGUAGACCACCUCCACGCCUUCUGAUCAGUUAACACCUCUUACACUUAUCCCCACACUUGUGUUCCAGAGACCACAGACCAUGCCCACCACCCCCUUUCUUGUGUUAUGACGAGGGCGAAAGUCAUUAAGCACAAAUGGGGAGGAGUAAGUUACGCGUCAUUUGCUACUGCUUAACAGCCUAGGCAAAGCCAAGAGCCACAGGCAGAGAGAGAGCCAACAUAAAGGUCUGUGCAAGGGUCUUGGAGUAUCGACAUCACUUUCACUAGGUGGAACACAACACCGGCAUACAGCUACUUGGAGAAAAGCUGUAAAACAGAAUGUGUCAGUCUUACUGUGAGAAGGAUCCAUUCAAUCCAUAGGAAUAUCUGAAGUUUGACUGCUGAUAAAGCAUGGGCUUUUCAGGACUUUUUCUCAGCUCUGCGGCUAAAUCAGAGGUGAGUGUGGGGCAGCAUCUCUGGGAGACAGGCUGUUAAUGAUGGGGAACGUCAUUCGUGGAGCUGUGGCCUUCAUCCCCUCGGAGCGAUGCCAGCGUUUCCUGGUGGGUGACCUGAAGGAGAUGCCUGUCGAUAGGACGUUGGACCUCAGCAAACUGCAGCUUCGUCGCCUCCCUAUGGCUGCCUGCCUGUUCAAUGAGCUGGUCAAGCUCUACCUGAGCGGCAACAACCUGAGUAGCCUACCUGCAGACCUGCAGGGCCUGAGGAAGCUGCAACUCCUAGCUCUAGACUUCAACUGUUUUGAGGAACUGCCUGCAGCAGUUUGUCAGCUGCCCCAGCUUAACAUCCUGUAUCUGGGCAACAACCAACUCUGGAGCCUCCCCAGGGAGCUUGGCAAGCUGAAAGAACUUAAUACUCUGUGGUUGGAGACCAACUGCUUCACUGAGUUUCCAAGUGUGGUCUGCAACCUCCCCAACCUCAAGACCCUCCAUCUGGGGUACAACCAGAUAAGCAAACUGCCCAUGGAACUCAGUGGGCUGGAGGAGCUAAGGAGCAUCUGGCUAGCCGGGAACCAACUGUGUGAGUUCCCACCAGUGUUGCUCAAAAUGCACUUUCUUGCUGUGAUUGAUGUGGAUCGCAACAGAAUCUGCCGCUUUCCCGGUCUGUCCCAUUUGCAGGGAUUAAAACUGGUAAUCUACGACCACAACCCCUGUGUGAACGCACCUGUGGUUGCGGAGGGGGUAAGGAGGGUUGGACGCUGGGCAGACAGCUCGGACGAUGAAGAGGAUGAUGAGGAUGGGUUGAAAGUGUGUGAGACAUUGACUGAGGUGAAAGAGAUUGCCUUAGAGGGGGAGUUGGAAUCACUACUUGAAAAAAGUUGUGGAAGCAUCUGACCUUCAGCCGUGAUUAGGGUGGAGGACAGGAUGCCAGUCAAGUGGAGCACUUGCUGGAGGGAGGCCAUAUGUCUCGGCAUGCUACACAGGAAGACAAGCCUGAUGGUGUUGGGUUCCAAAUAUGGUCAGUGCUGUGAUAUGGACCUAAACACACAGAUGACAAAUAAUAAGCUGUUACAAUUGGUUUUCCAUUGUAAUGAAACAUGGAAUAGUGUGGAGAAUCUUAAAUUACAUAUUUAACUUUUAAGUCUGUCUUCAGUAUUCAGUUUAUUUUGCAGGUGAUUUUUUAAUCAAAAUAUUUUUUUGAGACAAGAGGAAAUUCUGCUAAGUGUCCAGGGUUGGUAGGUUUCUAAGUGUAAUUUAACAUACCUCGUUAACUAUCCAAAAUAAUAUAAUUGUAUGGGUAAUAAAAUAAUAAACUGUAAAGGAUGACCAAGAACUGAGUGAAAUCAUCUGUUUACUUUCAGCUACCAUUAUCAUUCUUUACCAGGGUUUAGAAAAGACAAACAGGGUCCAUUAAGUACAAUUUGAUGGUUAGAUUGUAUGAUUGAAUGUAAUAUUUUUCAACAUGAACGUUGAAAGGUUUCUCACCGUGAAUGUAGCCUAAAAAAACUGCAAACCAUGGUUCAGUUGUCUUUACACAGGCAUCAGAAACGUCAGUUCAUUUUAACAGUGCUAGAAGAAAAUCAGAUGAAACAUGGUUUAACUUCUUUAAAAGUACACAUCCAACUAUUAGAAAACAACACCAUAUUUGGUUUGAUUUUAAUUAAAGGUGAUUUGGUCACUAAAAACAGGUUUACCCCUACAACUACCAUAGACGUUUAGCUAAUGGUGGUAACACAUUUUAAUUUGGAUUUUUCUGACAUUUUUAUUUUUUUAUUUACAGAAACUGUGGGGAAUGCUAGAUGGGAGGGUUCUUCUUGAAAGACCCUUGAUGUAUUUGAACCCUUGAUGUAGCUGUACAUGUACCCUGGAGGCAGCUGCCUUAGACUGGCGGACCUCCCUUGACCUGAGGUUAGCUGGAGCUUUGAUUGGUUGUGCAAAGAAAAAACAAACAUGUAUUACAGUUUUUGUUGACCCAUAGACUAUUUUCAGGGUGAGGAACUAUCCAAAACCAUGUUGAGAAAUAGUAAAAUUCUCCUCUACACUUAUUACAUCUUAUAAAGGUGCCAUAUUUUUCACUGCAUUAUUUAAAGUAAUUCAGUAAAUAUAAUCUGAUUAUAUUUUAGCUAGUAUUAUUUUUUUUUUAUUAGAUUGGGUGUAAGUGAUAACAGUUACUCCCCAAACCUGUAGGUGUUCCUAUUCAUGAACAUUAGCUGGGGUGAGUAUAGUGUAAAACAUUUUGAGUAGAUAUUUUCAUUAAAAGAUAUUAAAGAUAUUGUCAUCACAUACCUGUUAAUUCACAGAGGCAAUUUUGAGACUACUUAGGCAAGAGGUUACUAAUUACUUUACAUAGAAUUAUUUAAUUUUCCACAUAAUUCUACAAAAUUAAAUGUCUACCUUCCGAGGCUUAUUUCGGUGAGGUGAUUAAUAUCCAUGAUUGAUGGUUAAAGUCAAGCUAUGCACAUCUCCUCCAGAAUUAUGCAUAAUUUAGUCAGACAGAACCUUAGAUUUGAUUUAAAGGCUUUUAAUGGGUUUUAAUAUUAUCGCAGGAGCUUUAAAUUUAUGAUAAAAACCCAGAUAUAUGAAACUAGGCAUAGACUAUUUUCACCAUCACCCAGAGAUAGAGUAUUAUGCUAUUAUGCAGAGUUAGAAGGUUACAAGAACAAAUGUAAUCAAAUAUGCUGUAAACUGUAUUUUAAUUUCGAAUAGUUUGUUGGCAGUACACUACUGUAUGCAAAAUGUGUGAUGAUGAUUUUGGUCUUGACAGGCAUUUUCAAAUAAAGACUUAUGAAAUACUGCAACCAUGAA